AUGGACCUUCAGAACUAUCCUUUUCUCACUGCGGAGGAGUUUGCCGAAGCUUGCCAUCACAUCGACAGCCGCUAUCGCCAAGCAACGCUGGGCCCCCUCAGGAAAGAAUGGAAGCUCAGGGUUUGCACAGCCCUUGACAUGAAAUUCUCGCUGAACAGUGGUUACACCACAUACCUUCAAAUCAUCCGCCCGCUCGAAACCAACGCCGAUGUCGAUCUGGACCUCAGCAACUUCUCCAUCUCGACAUGUCAAGAAGAUGACCUGGCUUCCACAGACACAGACAAUAGUGACAUGAUGGAUGCAGAGGACGCAGACAAGGCAGCCAUCCUGAACCACGCGUCCCAAAACACAGCCCAUGUGGCGUAUGAAGUUCACCUCCACCCCUCAUAUAGAGUCCCGUGUCUCUGGUUCAGUAUCCAUGGCCUUCCUCCACAUGAACCUUCUUUCAACAUCGACACCGUUUUUCGUCGCCUGAUUCCCGACCAGUAUAAAAGCGGGCUCCGGAAAGUGAGCGGAAUCGGCGGCAUUUCAGCAGAUCAUCAUCCUGUAACUGGGGUUCCUGCAUUCUUCGUUCACCCUUGCCUACUUGGAGAUGCCAUGUCGAGCUUUGACGGUUCCAAAAAGAAUUACUUGAUGAUAUGGUUGGGACUGGUUGGAGGAUGUGUAGGCCUAUGGGUACCCAAAGAAAUGGCAGUCCAAUGA